CCAUACCAACAUGGACCAAAUCCUCCAUGGAGUUCUUCUAAGUGACAAGUCGGACGAAGAGAAGAAGUUGUGCAUCGACCACAUCCUGUCGUGCUCGUUGUCAUCAGAGCAGCAGCAAAGCAUCGCAUCUGUGUGCUGGGCCAUGUGGCCGGAAGGGUCCACGCCUCCUCAAGUCCCUGUGCUAGUCCAUGCGUUGCAACAAUUGCCCAACCAGUUUAUCGUGUGUGCUCGCCGGUACCUCAAAGAUAACCAAGUCGCGGGCGACACGAGCGACGCUUGUACUUUAUGGAUGGAGUGCGAAACGCGGCAUGCCGAGUGGAUCCCUGUCAUCAAGGUGUUGUUCCUUUACAUGUCGAUGCGACCCAUGCACAUGCUGAGUCGUGUUGUGUCGGUGUUCCAACGAUGUUCGCCGACGCCAUUCUCGACGUUUCUGUUGGUGAAGGAUCUCUAUUUGAGCACGGAAAAGCUUGCAAGCGUCCUGAUCAAAUGCGGCCGAUUGCCCAUGGUGGGGCACACCGGUGCGUGGGUCAAGCAAUUCCUGCUGCUCUUGGUGAAAUGUGAUCAAUGGCAAGUGCUUCUCACCGGCGGCAACGACGUCAUCCUGAGCGUUGCCGAGCAACUUGAAAGCCCCAACUCAAUCCACGGAAGUCUCGUCGUGCUCGAGACCAUCUUCCUCGGCUUCCAAGAGAAUGCUGACGUGUUUCUGGCGUUCUUUCCGCACUUUUACGACCGCGUCGCACCGUGGGUCACGUCCCCGCCGCCGACAUCGCUGCCAACAGCAACUUUGAUCUACCUGCAUGAGUUCCUGCAGGGCCUGCUCUUUGCCUUUCCUGGACAUCCCUUCGUCCAAGCCAAGUUGAGCCAUCUCUGCUCGAUGCUUCCACCACUUUCGCCUUCCUUUGAUGUCGAGGCAAUUGGAGAGGAAUUGCGCUGGAAAAACUGUAAGCACGGUGACCAAAGCCCCUUUGCGUCGACCGACACGGCCACGGGGCCGCACGCCUCUACGCCGUCGAAUGGCGGCGCCGACGCGAUUAUUCAUGGCUUUAUGGGCCUUCGAAAUGUCGGGAACUCGUGCUACAUGAACGCAGUGUUACAGGGACUGUACCACACCGUGGCGCUUCGCAAGCUCGUUGAGUCGACGACACCGACUCCAACAAAACGAAAGCUACCAUCGACCGUUGCUCCGAGCAACGGUGCGGCGGUCGUCGCGGCCGAGUUUGGGCUCCUUGUACGGCAAAUGUCGGCACAAGGCAGUGGAUGUGUGGCCCUGCAGCAUAUCACGCGGUUUCGCGCGGCGUUGGCGGCCGAGUUCCAAACGAGUCGCCAACAAGACGCGUCCGAGUUCUUGCACUACUUGUGGGACCUCGUCAUGACGCAUUUUCUCGAGAGCCGCGCGGAAUGGAGCCACGUGUUCAACGGCAACGUGGCGCGCCACGUGACGUGCAGUCGGUGUCGCGCCGUCUCGACAACGACCGAGCCGUUCUUGGACAUCACCGUGCCCGUGCCGACCACAGGUGCCGGUCUCCCGCUGCUGACGUUGCUGCGCGCCCAAUUCGCGACGGAAACGUUGAGCGGCGACAACGCGUACUGUUGCGAGGUAUGCAAUGACCGCGUUGACGCGACGAAAAAGACAGUCAUCGCGGAUGCCCCGCCGCAUUUGCUGGUGACGCUGAGUCGGUUCCAGUACAACCUGCAACGGUAAGUAGGACGGCGGCGCACUUGGAACAGACACGUCAUGGUUGGACCAGGGGCGUGCGGGAAAAGGUGUGCACCCAUAUCGCCUGCACGACAUCGAUCCAUCUUCCGGUGGACGAGAAGCGCGCCAUGGGGCAUAGCAAUCACGUCGCAAGUGCCAAUGUCGCGUAUGACUUGUACGCCGCCACCAUCCAUGCCGGCAGCCGCGCCGACCACGGCCAUUAUUACACUUUUGUAGCUCGAACCCAAGACGACGCCACGGCGCGCGAUGCAUCAGGGCGACGGUGGGUGCUGCUCAACGACAGCCGGGUGAGUGCUGUGGACGAUGCGAUGGUGCACCACACACUCAUGGCGUCGUCGACCGACACGCCGUACAUUCUGUGGUAUCGCCGCCGGAGCCCCGAUUCGAUAGCUCGUAAUAACAAAUAGAAGGGCUGUGGCGAGUACCAUCCGAACACGGUCGCUGAACGCGGG